GGUUCAGUUGACGAUGUGAGAUCAUAAGGGGUAGUCCGAACGGUGUUCUAUCAUGAAACUGACACCGAUACUGUUACUGACCUUGGUCGUCAGUUUUAAGAGCGCUCCGCAAUCCGAAGGUGCCAAGAUAUUGACGACCUUAGGCUUUCCUGGACGCUCUCAGUAUAUAUUUGUGGAGACAUACUUGAAAGAAUUGGCGGCCCGUGGUCAUGAAGUGACCGUGAUAAGUCCCUUUAAGGAGAAGCCGGUGCCAAAUGUAAGAUUUAUAACAGCACCCAAGAUACACGAAUACUACGAUAAAAUGCUUAAGAGUUAUAAAACGUUGGGGUUUUGGUCACGUUUUAAAGAAUUCUCUUGGAUAUUUAGCACUGUCUGUGAAUGCAUACUAUCGGACGAAAGUGUCCAGCAACUGAUGAAGUCUGGGGAAACAUUUGACUUGUUUCUGGCCGAGAUGGUGCAAACGGAGUCAAUUUUUGGAUUGGCACAGCAUUUUAAUGCCACACUAAUGGGCUUCUCGAGCUAUGGCAAUGAUUAUAUUAUUGAUGAGCUUAUGGGUAAUAUAUCGCCGCUCUCCUACAAUCCGCAUAUCACCUCGCCACGCUCCAAUACAAUGACAUUCUACGAGCGUCUCGAGAACCGCUGGGACAUUUGGAUGGAGAAGUUAGCCUUCCACCUUAUACACACUCCAGUGAUGAGGGAACAGUAUGCAAAGUACUUUCCCAAUGCCAAGAAAACGCUUUCUGAACUCAUGGAUAGCUUUGAAUUGAUAUUGCUGGGUCAACAUUUCACACUGAGUUACGCACGGCCCUACAUGCCCAAUAUGAUCGAGGUGGGUGGAAUUCACAUUUCAAACAAGCCCAAACCGAUUCCUGAGGACAUUAAACAGUUCAUUGAGAGCGCCCCCGAAGGCGUCAUUUAUUUCUCAUUGGGAUCUAAUGUGAAAAGCAAAAAUUUGCCUAAAGAAACGCGAGAGAUCCUAUUAAAAGUUUUCGGAGGCCUUAAGCAGCGCGUGCUCUGGAAAUUUGAGGAUGAUCAGUUGCCUAACAAGCCAAGAAAUGUUUUUAUAAGUAAAUGGUUUCCGCAAUCUGAUAUUCUCGCUCAUCCCAAGGUCAGGCUCUUCAUAAGUCACGGAGGCUUAUUAAGCACCAUCGAAAGCGUCUAUUAUGGAAAACCUAUUCUGGGUUUACCCGUUUUCUACGAUCAGUUUAUGAAUGUUAAAAGAGCUACUGACAUGGGAUAUUGCCUGGGCUUAGAUCUGCUCAAUCUAAAGCAGUCCGAGCUGGAGCAGACGAUUAAUACUCUAUUAACCACACCCAGAUAUGCUCAAGCCGCUGUCCUCAUCUCCCAACGCUAUAAGGAUCAGCCCGAAACAGCGCUAGAUCGAGCCAUUUGGUGGACAGAGUAUGUGAUCCGUCACAAGGGGACGCCUCACAUGCGUGCAACAUCGAGGAACAUGAGUUUUGUGCAACUUCACGGCCUGGACACCUUGCCGGUCCUCAUAGGGUUGCCGAUAUUAGCGUUACUUUUAUUAGCUCAACUUUCCUAUUGGCUUCUUCGCAGAGCUCUUGGGUCCAAGCAACAGAGAUCCGACAAGCAGAAGAGACAAUAAUCUAGACAUUGGCUAUCUGUGUCACGAAUUAGAUAAUUUUAUUAUUAAAUUGAAAUUAAUAUUAA